CACAACUCUGUUAUAAACUUGGACCAUGGCUGUGUCACCGGGAGUGCUGAGCCUCUCGGAGAACCCGGACCCGGAGUUCCUGGACGCCGCCAAACUGCUGAUCACCUACGCAGACAACAUCUUAAGGUAUCCAAACGAAGACAAAUACAAAUCCAUCCGCAUAGGCAACGCCAAGUUUUCAACCAAACUGCUGCCGACUAAAGGCGCAGUGGAGUGCCUCUUCGAGAUGGGUUUCGAGGAGGGCGAUACACACCUGGUUUUCCCGAGUUCCGCAUCGGUUCACCAACUGAGACGCAUAAGGGAGUCCAUAGCUGCGGAGAAGGACCAGAGACUGGGUAGACCGUCUUCUCAGCAUCCUCCUCCGACCACCACCACCAGCACAGCUUCAACAGCAGUGUCUGCUGCUACGCCUAGCCUGCCAAGCACCCCAGCUCCCUCAGCAGAAUCCCCAUUGGUGGGCAGCAUGGGUUUCUUUUUGACUCUGCAGUCCAACUACCAACAUGUCAUGGUGUACGAAAGCCUGGAGCUCCAGCAGACGGCCAGGAGUAAGCUCCCCUAUGAAGAGCUCUCAGCAGCGGCUGUAGAGAAGUUAAACGUGGCUAAAGCAAGUGAUCCAGAAUGCAAGCUUGGAAAAGAGGACUUUCUGGUCAUGGAGUUGCUGAGAUGGUUCAAGAAGGAGUUCUUCUCCUGGGUGAACUGCCUGCCUUGUAGCCAGUGCGGCGGUGAAACAAAGACGGCGGGGUCCCUGAACCCGAGCGCUGAAGACACGCGCUGGGGAGCCCAGCGGGUGGAGAGCCACUAUUGUCAGUCUUGCCAUGUUGCUACUCGGUUUCCCAGGUACAACAACCCAGAAAAGUUGCUUGAAACCAGAAGAGGUCGCUGUGGAGAGUGGGCCAACUGCUUCACACUGUGUUGCCGAGCCGUGGGCCUGGAGGCCAGGUAUAUCUGGGACAGUACAGACCACGUGUGGACAGAAGUGUACUCAUCGGCCCAGCGGCGCUGGCUGCACUGUGACCCGUGUGAGAACAGCUGUGACAAGCCUCUGAUGUACGAGGUGGGCUGGGGGAAGAAGCUGUCCUAUAUUCUGGCUUUCUCCAAGGACGAGGUGGUGGAUGUGACCUGGAGGUAUUCCUGUAAUCACCCAGAUGUGCUGACCAGACGGACCAAGGUUCAAGAGGCCUGGCUGCUACGCACUAUAAGCGGCCUCAAUGUCACGAGGCAGCAAGGCGUGGGCCCAGAGAGGAAGAGGGAGCUGGUGAACCGGCUGCUCGUUGAGCUGGUGGAAUUCAUCUCGCCCAAGAAGCCCAAAGCGGGAGACCUUGGUGGCCGCGGAUCCGGCUCGCUGGCCUGGAGGAUAGCCAGGGGAGAGGUGGGCGCUCGGGAGGCCGUGCCCCAGGUACAGUACAAGUUUAAAAGAGGCCAGACACUAAAAUACAUUUUUGUAGAAUCUAAAUGGCACAAGAAUUCAAAUAUUUAUAACGUGACACGUUCAGCAGCGGCCCAAAUAAAUAUUUGGACAGUGAUCAAGGUGUACAUCGCUAGGACAGAGGGGUCGCCUUGUGGGACGCUCAGCUGGAGGUUCGACUGCGCCGACGCGGGCGUGAAGAUGAAGGCCGUUUCGGUCACCACACACAGCCAGACGUUCAACUCGGGGACGGUGGUGUGGAGGGUGCGCUCAGGCCAGGCCAUUAGCGAGUUCCUUGGAGAUGGGAGUCUGCAGUCAUUCCCACUCUCCGGGUCUACGGAGUUGGUCAUUGAAGCCGAACUCUGUGGCGGGGAAGGAGCGUUGUCAUGGCAACACGCUCAGCUGUUCAGGCAGAGUUUGACCGAGACGGCGGAACCUUCCAUUGAAAUUCUCCUACAUUUAUGACGCUUGAAGACGUCAGUUUCAGGACG